UUUAACACCGCCACUUGCCACUCUCUCGUUAGAGCCGGCCCACUUCUCCUUCCUUAAAAUAAACCAGUCCCUCCUUCUUCUUCUUGAAUUUCAACACCCCAAAAAUCAAGAAUUUCAAGCAUCCCUCCCCUGAAAAGAAAAUCAUCAAGAAACUGAACCAAGAAACAGGGUUUCCUGUUUGGUUUCCAAGAAAAUAAAAAAAUGGAUAGGCUCAUUAGCUUAGAGCCUUCAAACCUUGUAGCAAUCAGAAUCGAGCCAGGCCAGAAAUGCAGUGGAGAACUAACUCUUCGAAACGUUAUGUACACUAUGCCUGUAGCUUUCAGAAUUCAAGCCAUAAACAGAUCUCGUUAUACUAUAAAGCCACAAUCAGGAAUCAUUUCUCCUUUAGCUACUGUAACCUUAGAAAUCACUUACCAUAUUCUUCCUGGCUCCUCUAUUCUCCCCGACACGUUUCCAUAUUGUGAGGAUGGGUUUCUCUUACAUAGCGUAGUAGUUCCUGGCGCUUCAAUCAAAGACACCUCAAAUUUCGAUGCAGUGCCUCAAGAUUGGUUUACAGCAAAGAAAAAGCAAGUAUUUAUCGAUAGCGGUAUUAAAAUCAUGUUUGUCGGAUCGCCAAUUCUUGCACAGUUAGUUACAGAUGGAUCCAUGGAUAAAAUACGGGAGGUUCUUGAACGUAGCGACCCAUCUUGGAAUCCGGCGGAUUCCAUGGAUUCCGAUGGUCAAACAUUGCUUCAUAUAGCCAUAUCUCAAAGCCGUCCUGAUAUUGUUCAAUUACUUCUUGAAUUCAAGCCUGACGUUGAACUUCAAAGCCGGUCAGGAUAUACUCCACUUGAAGCAGCUGCUGAAGCUGGCGAGGAUUUGAUCGUUGAGCUGUUAUUAGCUCGUCGAGCUAAUUUACAAAGAUCAGAGACGUCGACGUGGGGUCCAAUCCAUCUUGCAGCCAUUAACGGCCAUUUAGAGGUACUAAGGCUUCUUUUACUUAAAGGAGCUAAUGUGGAUUCAUUAACCAAAGACGGUAACACUGCUUUGCAUUUAGCAGUUGAAGAAGGAAGACGGGAUUGUGCUCGCUUGCUAUUAGCAAAUGGAGCUAAAGCAGAUAUCCGAAACACAAACGAAGGAGAUACUCCAUUACAUAUAGCUGCAAGAAUAGGAGAUGAAAGCAUGGUUAAAUUGUUACUGCAAAAAGGCGCGAACAAAGAUAUUAGAAACAAAAAUUCAAAAACUGCUUAUAAUGUUGCUGUAGAAUAUGGAAACUCUAGUCUUUAUGAUGUGUUGAACUUAGGCGAUUGCUUAUGCGCUGCUGCUAGAAAAGGAGAAGUAAGAAGUAUAAUUAAGUUGAUUGAAAAUGGAGCUUUUAUUAAUGGCCGCGACCAACAUGGAUGGACUGCUUUACACAGAGCAGCGUUUAAAGGCAAAAUCGAAGCCGUACGAGCCUUAAUCGAUAGAGGAAUAGAGAUAAAUGGAAAAGAUGAAGAUGGUUAUACUGCAUUACACUGUGCAGUGGAAUCAGGUCAUGCUGAUGUAAUUGAAUUGUUGGUGAAGAAAGGUGCAGAUGUUGAAGCUAGAACUAAUAAGGGUAUUACUGCUUUACAAAUUGCAGAGUCUUUACAUUAUGUAGGGAUCAUUAGAGUGCUUAUACACAGUGGAGCGGUUAAAGAUGGUGCUUUGCAUACGGUGGCGCCUGUAAAUCUUCCUUUUGGGAAAAACAUGGUGAAGACCCCGGAAGCCGAGAAGGGUACCAAGAAAAGGCCGCCAAGAACAAGAGCUCUUAGAAGUAGCUUUGAUCGAUCAAUGCCUUUAGCUGUGCUUUAGGGAUGGCAAUUUCUUUUUCCCCCUUCCACAUGAUGAAGUGAUGAUCACUUGUUAUUUAGUUUAGAGCUUAAAUUGAUUUUUCCUUUUUCUGUUUUGAGGGUUGAUUAAAGAUUUGUGGAAGAAAGUGUAAACAUUAUAAAAUUAAUGUUCAUUUCUAUAUA